AUGCCGGAGCAUCAACUGAAAGAUUUCAGGGCCAAAUUCAGGACAAUGCCUCUCAUCUUCGUUCCGAAUGGCGAAAUGUCAGGAUGGUGUACCACAGCCGAAUGCCUUUGGUCGAGCGGGGCCAAGAUACACGGACGAACGACUCUCAGCUCUAUCUACGAAGACUUGGAAGAUUUCUUCGUCGAAAAACUUGGAGUGCAGAGACUAACUCUUACGAUGGCGUGCGACGAGCUCCUGAAGAAGGGACAUGGAGGACCCUCGGACACAGUCGCGAAAGUCAAAGAGACAAUUUCGGCAAUCAACACCCUUCUUCAGAGUACAACAUCGUAUCCUGACCCCGGACCAUUGCUUAAAAGUGCCAUAUUUCCCAUCGAAUAUCCAACUGGAAAGGUUUUGCUGGAGACUGCUAGCACACAAUUUGUGAUCAGAGACCGCAAGCCUUUGGCCGAGAUGUUUGCCUCCAAAGUCAAAUUUCUUGAUUUCACUCUAGACGAAGUCCACGAACUUGGCAACUAUUUCUCUUGGUUAGGCCUCGAUUCUCGAUAUAUUUCUUCUUCCGUGAAGGAGAUUUCAACUGUUGCAGGCGAUUCCCAACUCCGACUGCGACAUCCCGAUAGAGACAUCAAGAGAAGGGCAAGCGGAAUCUACAGGGUUGCAUCCCACUUCAACAGCCCCCGUGUAGACAACACAUUGAAUCUUUAUCAUACCCUUCGGGCCACUGAAGUCUACGAGACACAUGGAAUCUCUUCCGAGGUACACCUUGCUCAGGAUGGCAAAGCACAUAUUCACGUCAAGGCAUCAAGCGAGCUUCACAUCCGAGACACGGCCGGUUGUUUACAGAUUUACGUCCCUGUUGACAAGGAAAGACAAGAUUUCUGUUACCACUCGAGUCUUCCGAGACGUCUGUUGGAGUGGGUGAUGACAGAACCAGAAACACAGAUCUGCGGUGCGAUACAGCACCGAGCCAUCAGUGCGAUGAGCUCAGCCCUCAAUGCACCGAUCGAAAGCGUGUCUCAAAUUCUGGAAGCAGAGGGCAUUAUCGACGUGGGCGGUAUUGGAAAUGAUCAAGAUGAAGAUUCAGAAGGGGGUGCUGAUGCCGUUGCCUUGGCGCCACCUUUUGAGUCUCCACGACGAGAAGGCUUCGUGGCAGAGAUGCCUAUGAGAUUCUUUUCAUCGACUGGAUCUUGUUCAGUUUCUGGACCUAUUGUACCUCCUCUUUCACAGGGAAUCAAUACUCCCGUGACACCUGAGGGCAGCGGAAGAUAUCGUUUACGGCCCGAUUUAGAUGUUGGUGCGACCACCUCGACCCCGGCAACUCCGGUCCAUCAGUUUGGCCAAACUCCCAAGGCAUCCACUGCGGCGAUUUCGCCCAGAGAUGAUGGCUUCAAUGCAGAGUAUCUGAGAAUCUUGAGCAACGUCAUCUUUGCUGCUCGGCGCAGAUCGUUUCCCGAGUCCGGUUCUCCUAGAGCUGGGCAGUCAGCAGGAGGUAGUAGCACUCAAGUUUCCCACAUGCAAUCGUGGAUGCCGCCAGCAAGAGACAAGAAGAUUGGCGCUGCCGGCGAGCUCUUUGCUUAUGAGCUGCUCUCACAUCUCACACCCCCACUUCCAGGCUUUUGCAUGGACGAUUGGCGAAGCACAAUGCGUGAAUUCGUGGCGGUCCAUCCUGCAUACUCCUACGUAACUCCUUGGGAAGGGCAAGAGACUGCGGAUAUCGUUUACAACGACAAAUUCGGAGUCCUGACUGAGAUCCUUAUCGACAAGGGGUAUUUACAGCGAACCAAGUGGAUUGGCAAGAGGCCGCAAUACUUGAUCGAAGUCAAGACGACGCCUGGCGCUGCUACGAGGCCGUUCUACGUGAGCAAGAAUCAGUACAACAGGAUGAGGGAUUACACGAAUGCUUCGUCAUCCUCGAGAGGAUUCUCCACGAUCUACAUGCUUCUUCGAGUGUUCAACGUCAGUACCUCAGACAUUGACUUCAAUGUCUAUGUGGACCCGUUUGCCUUACAGCAAGACGGCGCACUGAUCUUCACGGAAAAUACUUGGCAGGUGGUUCCGGCGCAAGCCAACAAAAUUGCUGGACAACGUUGA